UUUGAACCUUUUUUCCUUCAUAAAUUCUGAGACGAUCAUUUCGAGUUGCGCUAUCGAAUUGAAAGCAGUGACGAUGAAGUUUCAAAUAAUUUUUCUUGUUCUUGCAGCGUUUGCCUUGUCAACAGAAGCAAUCAGAAAUGGAAUAAUCUGGCAAGACGCUCCUUAUAUGGCUCGUAUCUUGUAUGGCACUGUAGCAGGCGGUGGUCAAGGAGGUGGAGCAAUCAUCUCUCAUCGCCACAUCCUCGUAUCAGGUUUUGUUGCCGAUCCGGCAUUCACUAUAUUUAAUGUUUGGGUUGGAGGAUCAACAAGAACAACUCAAAGACAGGUUGCAGUGCAAUCACGUGUUCGACAUCCCAACUACCUAGGAAAUCCAAGAACGAACGACAUUGGAAUUGCUACACUUACCGCUGAUCUGGUUUUCGAUAGAUUUGUUCGCCCAAUCGCAUUACCACCACUUAAUGUUUUAUUCUUACCAUACGAUAAUGAACAAGGAACAGCUUUAGGCUUUGGUGGAGUUCCUGGUGUUGCCAAUUCAGCAGAACAUCUUCAAGCUGCAUUCAUGAGAGCCGUGACACCUGCAAGGUGCAAUUCACGCUUCCCAUUCCAUUCAUUGCUUCAACAAUUCUGUGCUGAAGACACACGAUUAAGGUCAGAAGUUUGUAGUGAUGAUCUUGCUGGUCCAUUUGUCGUUUUACGUCGAGGUGAAGAAGUUUUGGUUGGCAUUAUUUCUAUUGAUUUCUGCAUUGCUGCUCAACCAUCAGCACCAGCACUCUUCACUAGAGUGUCCGCAUACAGAACAUGGAUUAAUGAACAAACACAGAUUUAAUUGUAAAAUUUGAGAAUGUUGCUUAAUUUUUUUUAUAUGAAUAAAAUUCAUCGAUUUUA